AUGAUCUCCGGGGCUUCCUCGAGCGCAGGCGCGGCGAGCGCACGCAACAGCUCGGCGGCCUCGUCCGCUUCGUGGUCAGGAGGCCGCAUCUCGAGUGCGGUAUUUUCUUCUUCGCCGAGCAGCGCUGCGCGUCUGUCGUCUCCCUCUUCUAGAAGCAAAGAAAGUCGAGGCUCGCCGCGAAGCAGCGACGGCAGCGGCGGCCGAGGGCUCGCCAGCCGCAGUUCAGUCGGCACGGAACUGUUGAGAGGCGGGCGACGGAAAGCUUCUGCCUUUUCUUCGAGUCGAGGAGAAGCGGAGGACGAGGAGAGUCCACCACCCUCUCCGCUAUCCAGCCAGGGGAGAGCUGCCGAGACCCAGGUCGCGGCCGGCGACUCGAAUGUGUAUUACAAGAGUUCGCACUCAGGGAGUGCCUCCAAGCUCAGGCUCCGCAUGCCGUCCGUGUUCGAGAGCGCAGACGCAUGCGGUAAAACGAGCGUAGACGGUGAGGAGGAAGAGGGAAGCGGGACUUCGCCUGCCCAUUUCGCGCCAUCGGAGAGAAGAAAGCUUUCUUCUCCUAGACGGCCCUCGCCUCCCUCCCGCUCGCGCUCGUCUUCUGAUUCGUCCGCCUCUGCAUCCGACUCCCCAUCUUGCUCGCUUGCAUCCUCUCUUCGUCCCUCUGAAGCCGCUAGUUCUUCGUGCACUUCUCAGCCUGUUGACUCUUCUUCCUCCUCGUCUUCGUAUGGCGGGUCUUCCCCGUCCUCUUCUCUCCGAACCGAGACACGCGGAAGUCGACGAACAAGCAGCUGCAGCUUUACACCCGAGCGCCCUCGGCGCUCAAGCAAGCCCUUCGGCUGCCGUUUGGCUCACCCCUCCCCUUUCUCCGCGGAGGCGACGUCUGGCGCUCUUCCAGGCGCUUGGGCGGUCUCCUCCGGCCGAACAGGCGUCGCUUCGUCGAAAAAUGAUACCGCCACGCGCUUCCAUCCUGAGCAGCACCCUGAAUGUUUCGCCUGUCGCCCGCCUGUGUUCUCGCUGUCCCGCGAAAGGGACGAGCUCCAUCGCCUGACGCAGAGUGCCUCUGAGACGCCGUCCUCGCCCUGCCACAGCUCCAUUACCGUGCAAAAAGCCACCCAUGCAGGAUGCGAGCGCUCGACUGCGGACGACGACUCUUUCUCCGGGCUCGCACGCGAGGCGCGAGGAGACUCUUCGCGGGCGACUUCGCUCCCCUUUUCCCUCCCCUCCCCUUCUUCAUUCAUGAGGCACGGCUACGCGUCGCCGCUGUCGGCUCGGGAUCUGCCCUCUGUGCACCAGCGGACAACAUGGCGUAUUCCUCGGCUGCAUGCGGAGAGCUAUCUCGUUUCCAGUCAGCGGCGCGUCUCAUGCAUGUCUUCGCGAUCGCUGCCGCGAAUCGCGGCGAGCGACAGCGGCAAGGGAGAACGAAGACGGAGGGGGACAGCAGGCUCUGCCUCUUCUUUGUGUUCUUUUCUGAUGCCGCGCGCCCAGGCUUCCUCCGCAUCGUCUUCUCUGCCUUCGUCUUCGCCGCGUGCCGGCCUGUCUCUGCCUCUGAAGGCUUCUUCUCCCCUCUCUUCUGGGCGCCACCGCGACCCUCGCCACGGCGCCCCGACUAGCGCAAAAGUGGGCGACAGCGGUGAGGUCACAUCUGGCGACGAGCUCUUCGUGGAUGUGAGCCGAGAGAUUCGGAUCCUCGACGCUCUCUCAGAAAUCCAGAGAAAGUCCCUGGUUGCCGCACACUGCGUGGAGCACGGGGCUGCCCUCUCCGAGUCCAGCUCCUUCGUGAACGACUGGGGCUCGCCGCGCUCGCAGGGCUGCAGCCCGCGGCGUUUCUGGGCGCGACACGCCUCCCCCCUCGGCAAAGACCGGGGAGCAGAGAGACGCGGCCUUCUCCGCGCGGGAUCUUUGUGCGGGCUCGACCAAAGAAGCCGCGAGCUUGAGCUCCCGGCCGAGGCUGCGCGCCCCUCCUCCGCCUCUUCGCUUCCGCCGCUCCCUCCGCGGCAAACGUACUGCACAGACGAGCAACUGAAGCAGCUACAGAAUCUCCGCCGUCUCUUGCGAGGCGCCACUGGCAACCCUGUCGUCGAGGCCGCGGUCGACGCUGCGCUUCCUUCUCUCUGGGCUCCUCCGCCCGCCUGCUGCGCAUCCGCGAGCAGCCUGGCUGACGACGCCUCCUGCGCCUGGGCAGCGGCGCGCGCGCGCCUGGAGGCACACGAGAAGACCAUACGCGACCUCGAAAGAACGCGGAAGGAGCGCGGCGUCUGCCGACUUGCAGGCGGCGACACAGCCCUCACGGAAGCGGGGCAGGGGGACUGUCUCCUCACAGGGGCUCGGGGCGAGCAAGGGACAAGCCCAAGCGCCGCUGAGGCGACCGGAGAGAAGCACCGCGCGGAAGAGGGAGAGACGCUCUCCAUACAGCAUCGUACAGACGAACUGUGGGCCGACGAAGACGAUGGAGACGACGGAAACGUCCCUCGAAAAUGCCAGCUUGCGGAGUUCCUCAGAAACCGCCCCGGCGGGCCUUCGUCUCUAGGUAGUCUCGCGCGACGUGAAAACACCGAGAGAGAGAAAGCGAUCGUGGCGCGGCCGUCGGUGGCGACAGGACUGGACGCUGUCGUCUCGCGCUCUCUGUCCAGGAGUUGCACACAGGAGAGAUCCGAUCGAAGAGAGACACAGGCGGCAGACGAAGGUGGCGAUGGAGAGAGUGUACGCCGAGGGACGACUCAGGCGAGACAGAGGCUGGGCAGCAGGGGAUCGCGCAGCCAAGCCAACGAGUCCGUCGCCUUGCCGCCUGGCUCGGCUGAUGGACGCGGCGCGGAAGGCCCCUCUUCGUACGCGCCACCGGGAGGUGUCUCCUCCUCUGUCUCUUCCGCGGCCUUCGCAGCCCCCGCGGACGACCGCCUGCGCGCCUGGGCGCACCACGGUCCGAGCACGGAGGCCUUCGAUCGCGUCGACUUCGUCUCGCGGCGCCUGGGGCUCCCCGACAAGAAGACGCCCGCAGGCGACGGGGCCGGUCUCGGGGCACUCGCUUCCUCCGGAUCGAGUGCGCGGGGGGGGGCGUGGGUGCCUGGCUGGGGGGUUCGCGAGACGAGAAAGCCGAAGGGCGAGACGCGUGGCGGCGACUCACCAACGACAUCGACGAGUACAGAUGGAAGGCGCUGA